AUGAGUGCGGAGAAUCUGGGGAGGAGGUUGCUGGGGGAGGUUCAAGAGGAGAGUCUGGAUGAGCUCUUACGUUCUCUGCGAGCACUCCAUAACGCAGAUGUGCAAUCACAAAUCGGUAUCCCACCCCUCGACCGCCUCCUCCACGCCUUCCAGCACCCGACAAUCACAGCUCAGCACCAUGUCCCCGACCGCUCGAGCUCUCCAUCACACCAUGGUCCAGCUCAGCUGCGAGCCCGGAAACAUGAAUCCAAGCCCCCCAUUGUUGAGCUCACUUCCACAGCCCCCGGCAGCGGCAAGACGCACCUCCUUUAUCUCACGACCAUCCACGCCAUCCUUCCCCAAACCUACGCCGACAUCACACUCCACGGCACCAGCAACACCGUCGUCAUCCUCGACACCGACAACCGCUUCUCUGUCCCCCGUCUCGUCGCCAUCCUCAAAGCCCACGUCGUAGCCUGCCAACAGGCGCAGCAAAAGCCAGCCCUUCCCGCCCCGGACCUCGAAACCCUUAUCCUGGGCUGCCUCAAACACGUCCACGUCUACCGCCCACAGUCCAUGGGCUCCCUCCUCGCGACCCUCAACGCCAUCCCGACCUACCUCUUCGACGCCGCGGCGCACCACUCGAGCCACAGACCGCUGCACAGCGUCAUCCUCGAUAGCGCGAGCGCGUUCUACUGGCCCAUGCGCGCGGAGGAGGAGAUGGCGAAGCUAGGCUCUCGUCUCCAUGACCCAAGUGACGGUGCCGCAGCUGCGAGUGCCGUACCAGGCACGACGAUGCCGUGGACGCAGCUAGCGCGCUAUCUACGACGGCUGCAGCAGAUUUUCGACUGCGCGGUGCUGUAUACCACUGUCUCGCUCUCCCCCUCUCCCGCCCCUUCUUUCGCGCCUUCCUCGCGGCGCGACAUCCCAUCCCUCCGCCCCGCGCUGCCCGGCCCGAUGGCGCGUCUGCCGACGCUGCGGCUUGUGCUGGCCAGAGCGGUGGUGCCGCCGUUUGCGCCGGAGAUGGCGGUGCAGGAGGCGUUGAGCGAGCGGGGGAAGAGGCAGGAGGUUGUUCAGAAGGGGCGGUUCUGGGCUAGUGUCAAUGGAUGGGAUAGGGAGGUGUGGGGGAGGGAGGUGAGUGAGGGGCUAGGAAUGAUGGGCUGGGGCUUUGGAUUCAGGGUCACGGAGGAGGGGGUGGUGCUUGAGGGUGCAGAGGAUCCCGGGGCGGGUUUAUGA